AUGCGCCGAGACGCCUCGGCUUCUCCCAGGACGGCAGCAGGGAGCGCCCGUGGAGCUCGAGCGAGGGCCCGCACUCCCACAGUCCCACCCGCCGGGGGGGAAACAUGCCGCACUUCACCGUCGUCCCUGUGGAGGACAACGCUCGCUCCAACUAUGACAGCCUGGAGGGGAUCAACUGGGUGGACUACAGGGACACGGGACAGGACUACCCGGGACACUUGGACACUGUCGGCUCUGAUGGUCAUGGAAACCAUAAAGAAGACAGCCCAUUCCUCAACAGCAAUGAUGCCUCUGCAAAGCAAAAUGACUACUAUGACAGGAACCUGGCUUUGUUUGAGGAGGAACUGGACAUCCGUCCCAAAGUGUCAUCGCUUCUCAGCCGCCUGGUCAACUACACCAACAUCACGCAGGGGGCUAAGGAGCACGAGGAGGCUGAGAGCGCCGAGGGCUCCAGGAGAAAGAUCCCGAAGUCCCCCAGCAUGGGUACACUGAUGGGCGUCUACCUGCCAUGUCUGCAGAACAUCUUCGGCGUCAUCCUCUUCCUCCGCCUCACCUGGAUCGUGGGCACUGCCGGUGUGGUCCAGUCCUUCCUCAUCGUCCUCAUGUGCUGCUCUUGUACGAUGCUCACAGCCAUAUCGAUGAGCGCCAUCGCAACAAACGGCGUUGUCCCCGCUGGUGGAGCGUACUUCAUGAUUUCCCGGUCCCUGGGCCCCGAGUUCGGGGGCGCCGUGGGGCUCUGCUUUUACCUGGGCACCACCUUUGCCGCCGCCAUGUACAUUCUGGGCGCCAUUGAAAUCUUCCUGACCUACAUCAUCCCGGCGGCGGCCAUAUUUCGGCCCUCGGACGCUCACGGCGGCGACAGCGCCAUGCUCAACAACAUGAGGGUCUACGGCACCAUCUGCCUCAGCCUCAUGGCUUUGGUGGUCUUCGUGGGGGUCCGCUACGUCAAUAAGUUCGCCUCCCUCUUCCUGGCGUGCGUCAUAAUAUCCAUCGUGUCCAUUUACGCCGGAGCAAUAAAGUCCAUCUUCCACCCUCCUGAAUUCCCGAUAUGCAUGCUGGGAAAUCGGACCUUGGUCAGGGACAUGUUUGACGUCUGCGGGAAGACUGUAGUGUCGGGCAACACCACGAUUCCCACCAAACUCUGGGAGAACUUCUGCACUUCAGGCAACACCAGUAACCCACAGUGUGACGAGUACUUUGCCCAGAACAACGUGACAGAGAUCCAGGGAAUCCCUGGGUUAGCCAGCGGCAUCAUCAGAGAGAACAUGUGGUCUGCCUACCUGGAGAAGGGGGAGAUCCUGGAGAAAGAGAGCUUGACCUCAGUCGACGUCCGUGGUUCCCUGGAGAACUUGUACAUGUACGUGUCGGCGGACAUCGCCACCUCCUUCACUGUGCUCGUCGGGAUUUUCUUCCCCUCUGCAACCGGUAUCAUGGCUGGGUCCAACCGAUCUGGGGACCUCAAAGAUGCCCAGAAGUCCAUUCCUGUGGGAACCAUUCUGGCCAUCACCACUACAUCCUUAGUUUAUUUCAGCUCUGUGGUGCUGUUCGGAGCAUGUAUUGAAGGGGUCGUUCUUAGAGACAAGUUUGGAGACGCUGUGAGCAAGAACUUGGUGGUGGGGACCCUCUCGUGGCCGUCCCCCUGGGUCAUUGUCAUCGGGUCCUUCUUCUCCACGGUGGGGGCAGGCUUACAGUCCCUGACUGGGGCACCACGCCUCCUACAGGCCAUCGCCAAGGACAACAUCAUUCCUUUCCUACGGGUGUUUGGGCACGGAAAGAGCAACGGAGAGCCGACGUGGGCCCUGCUGCUCACCGCCCUCAUUGCUGAACUGGGCAUCCUCAUCGCUUCCCUAGACAUGGUGGCUCCCAUCCUCUCCAUGUUUUUCCUGAUGUGCUACCUGUUUGUGAACCUGGCGUGCGCGGUUCAAACCCUGCUCCGCACCCCCAACUGGAGGCCCAGGUUUAGAUACUACCACUGGGCUCUCUCCUUCCUGGGGAUGAGUAUGUGCCUUGCACUCAUGUUCAUAUCAUCUUGGUACUACGCCAUCGUGGCCAUGGGCAUUGCUGGCAUGAUCUACAAGUACAUCGAGUACCAGGGUGCGGAGAAGGAGUGGGGGGACGGGAUCCGAGGCCUGUCGCUGAGCGCCGCUCGCUAUGCUCUCCUCCGCCUGGAGGCAGGACCACCGCACACCAAGAACUGGAGACCACAGCUCCUAGUGCUGCUGAAGCUAGACGAGGACCUGCACGUGAAGUACCCCCGCCUGCUCACUUUUGCCUCCCAGCUGAAGGCUGGCAAGGGCCUGACCAUCGUGGGCUCAGUCAUCCAAGGCAAUUAUCUGGAGAGUUACGGGGAGACGCAGGCCGCGGAGCAGGCGAUCAAAAACAUGAUGGAGAUCGAGAAAGUGAAAGGCUUCUGCCAGGUGGUGGUGGCCACCAAGGUGCGCGAAGGCAUCGCUCACCUCAUCCAGUCCUGCGGCCUGGGGGGUAUGAAGCACAACACGGUGGUCAUGGGAUGGCCCUAUGGUUGGAGGCAGAGCGAAGACCCUCGUGCCUGGAAGACCUUCAUCAACACAGUCCGCUGCACCACAGCAGCCCACCUGGCCCUGAUGGUGCCCAAAAAUGUGUCUUUCUACCCGAGCAACCACGAGCGCUUCACAGACGGUCAUAUCGACGUGUGGUGGAUCGUCCACGAUGGCGGCAUGCUCAUGCUGCUCCCUUUCCUCCUCAAGCAACACAAGGUGUGGAAGAAAUGCAAAAUGCGUAUUUUUACUGUCGCGCAAAUGGAUGACAACAGCAUCCAGAUGAAGAAAGACCUCGCCACAUUCCUCUACCAGCUGCGCAUCGAAGCUGAAGUGGAGGUUGUAGAGAUGCAUGACAGUGACAUUUCUGCAUAUACCUAUGAGCGCACACUCAUGAUGGAACAAAGAUCCCAGAUGCUGCGGCAGAUGAGACUGUCCAGUGCGGAGAGAGACAGGGAGGCACAGCUGGUGAAAGACAGGCAUUCCAUGAUCCGCAUGGGUAGCCUUUACUCUGACGAAGAGGAGGAGAUACCAGAGCCGGUGUCAGAGAGGAUCCAGAUGACUUGGACUAAAGAUAAGUAUGAUGGGGACAGGAGGAGGAGAAACAACAUGCCGGAGAACUUCCGUGAACUUAUCAGCAUCAAACCGGACCAGUCCAACGUGCGCCGGAUGCACACUGCAGUGAAGCUGAACGAGGUCAUCGUCAACAAAUCCCAUGACGCCAGACUGGUGCUGCUCAACAUGCCAGGCCCUCCGAAAAAUCCUAACGGGGAUGAGAACUACAUGGAGUUCCUGGAGGUUUUGACCGAAGGAUUGGAACGUGUGCUGCUGGUGCGAGGAGGGGGAAGAGAAGUGAUCACCAUCUAUUCGUGACCCAGCAGCAGCGGCUGCAGGGUAUCCGACUCUUCAUCAUAAACACAUUCCACUCUGGAACACGGUGAGGGGUAUCAACAGUGUUGGCACCAACCAGCAAAUGCACAGUCUUUCAUUUCUAACAACUUCAGCCAUGGAUUUGAAUGAGCACCAAAUAAGGCUUUUGUUUAAACAUGUUGCCUUCCUCCCGCAAUCAUAUCUAUGCUAGGAGAGAGCUGUGAGGGGUACUUAUUAGUCGGGUUUCUUAAUUUUGUGCGAAACACUUGCUUUUAUAUUGGAUCACGCAAGCAUGCGUGUUGCAACCAAGCUAAUUGUUUUCAUUUCCGACGAGAAACAACCAAAACGUGACGAAAAAUGUUUAAGGACCUCAUACGUGGCGUGGAGUUCGGCGCAACGGUCUUCCGUGUCGAGCAUGAAAAGGGUAUUUGUUGCACCGAUUUUUGUGACAAGGAUGCUGGCUGCAUGCGAAGUAGGACGAAACUAUUUUUUACAAUGGGGAGGUAAAGUUUCUAUUUAUUUUCUUAUUUAUUUGCUCAGUGUUGCCCAGUAUCUUUGUGUGAGGGACAGUUUGUUUAUCAGUAAAGAACAGAAAUGCACUGUGUGAAAUGUCAGUUGUUGUUGGCGUUACACCAGAAAAUGAGUCUAUUUGUAGUCUGGGAAAUAUUUCCGAUAAAUGUUAAAGGGGAAAACGGUGUAAGCUAUUAAUGUACAGUAGUUUCAUGGUCAGCUUUACUGUAUAUGUUUUUUUUUCCCUCAUUCAAAUAUGGAAAUUGCACAGGUCACUAACAAAUUCCCAUAAAAACCAAAAUAUUUCAUGUACAAACUCUAUAGAAAGUCUGCACUGUACAAUACAAUGGUAUUUACAUAAAAAAUAAAAAAAAGCAAGUGGAGUAACUUUUCUU